ACAUCGAGUGAACACACACUCACAUCCCCUUUGUGUGAACAUUCUCUUAUACACAGACACGGUGAAGAGCUGUUCUGGGCUAUUGGUGAAGUUCGAGGCAGCUCGGAUGUUGUGUGUGCAUGAGUUAAAGGUCCGUGGGUUCAGUUCCACGCAGUUGCUGAGUUAAAACGUUCUACAUCCCCGAAAUAACGUUUUUCACUUCUUUGUUCGAUCUCUUUCAUCUCAUAUCAAUCCAGUUCUCAUAAUUUCAAUGAUUUUAAUCAAGAUGACGAGGAAUUCUGGGGUUUGGAGCGUUUAACAACGACGAAAUAGAGGAGAAAGGAAAACAAAGAGUGGGGGUGAUAAUUUUUUUUUCUUUCUGCUUAUCGACGAAGUAUUUUCUCGUGAUUAGGCUCGUAGCUGUCAUCGAAAAUGUCGGACAUUAAGAGCAUGGAACAUCCCACUCUCAAGGUGCCAUACGAACUCCUGAACAAAAAAUUCCGUUCAACCCAAAAAGUCCUGGACAGGGAGGUGUCCCACGUCCAGGCGACGGCCUCAGAGCUCGAGAAGAGCCUGACAACCGAUAAUGGAACGCCCGUCGAGACAGGCGAGAUCACUCGCCUCCUGGGGGGCGUCGUAGCGAAGCUCCAAGUCCUCAAGCGAAAGGCUGAGGAGUCGAUUUCCGAGGAGCACCAGGCCGGAAUGGUCUGCAAGAGACGCCUGGAUCACCUGAAGGAACACGCCAACACGACCCCCAGUGUCGUCAAUCAGUGGAGGAGACAGAGGCUGGACAGAAUGCUCGUGGAGUACUUCCUGAGGAAGGGCUACUACAAAACUGCUCAGAAGCUCGCUGACACCACUGAGCUCAGGGAUCUCACGAAUAUCGAUGUCUUCAUGGUGUCGAGGGAGGUGGAGAUAUCACUGGCUAAUCACGAGACCACGAGGUGUCUUGGGUGGUGCCACGAUAACAGAUCCAAGCUGAGAAAGCUGGGGAGCACCAUGGAGUUCAAUCUUCGAGUCCAGGAGUUUAUCGAACUCGUCAGGGCCGAUCGCAGGCUCGAUGCUGUCAAACAUGCUCGCAAGUAUUUCGCUAAUUACGAUGACUAUCAACUGCAGGAGAUACAGAGCUGCAUGGGGCAACUGGCAUUCCCUGCUAAUCCUUAUUUCAGUCCUUAUAAGGACCUGUUGGAUGAGAAGAGGUGGGACAGGCUUAUCGAACAGUUUAGACACGAGAAUUAUAGGCUGUUUCAACUAGCUAGCCAGAGUGUUUUCACUGUUGCACUCCAGGCAGGAUUGUCCGCUUUGAAAACACUCCAGUGCUACAGUGGACAUAAGGAAGGAAAAAAUGCCAGUUGUCCGGUUUGUCAUGAGGCUUUGAAUGAACUUGCUGCCCCUCUGCCCUUCGCACAUUGCUCACAGUCUAGACUCGUUUGUAGUAUCAGUGGUGAACCUUUGAAUGAGUACAAUCAACCCAUGAUGAUGCCCAAUGGAUACGUUUAUGGUGAAAAGGCACUUCAGAAAAUGGCCAAGGACAACAAUGGUGCUGUGGUGUGUCCGAAAACCAAAGAAGUAUUUCCAUUCAAAAAAAUCGAAAAGGUCUACGUUAUGUAAUGUAAAAAUUCAACUAUUUUCUAUCCAACUUUCAGCGUUAUCACCGCUUAUUCUGAUUAGGUUUUCCUUAGAUUGUAAAACGUAAUCAGACGCUUUUGUGUAAUCAAUGUUAAGGAUAAUUAAAUGUGUAAGAAAGGCUAAAUACAUUAUAUAUUUUCUAAAAACUGGAGUUUAUUUCAUGGUUUCACAAUACAGGGUGAUGAUGUCAACGGGUUUAUCAUUUUUUCUUCUCGUUUAUUAAUCGCUCUAGGAUUAGAUACUAUAUACUUCAACAAGACUAUCUCUAUGACCUGUAU